AUGCCAAACCUAUCAUGGUUAGGCCUAUCUGAGCAAAAAGUGAAGGAAACGGAGAAGAAUGCAGCAUUGUCGAAGCAAUUAGGUUCUAUCAUCGCUGCGGCAGAGGAAGAACUGGGCAAAACUGGGAAAUCCAAAGAUGAUCUAACGAAACAACAGGAAGUAUGUGUAGGCGCCUUGAAACUUGGACCGAGAUUUGCAUCCGACAUCUAUGUACAGUAG